GUCUUGAAGAAACCAAGUUGCAAAUUGUGAUAAAAGUAAAAGUGGAGGAGGAAGGAAAAUAAAUAGCAAGAGGGGCAAGUUAUCAAAAGCAGAAAAAUAAGUUCAUCAACUUUUCUGAUUCUUUUCAUUUCAUUUCAUUUAUUGAAAAAUUUCUUCAUAUAUUCCACCAUCUCUCUCCAAUGUUUUCUUAUAUCCAAGUCCAACUUCGAAAGAAUUUGGCCUUCUCUAAAGCUUGCUAUAUAGUUGGCCGUCCGCAAAAAGUACUUCACCAUCAUCAUCAUCAUCAUCAUCAUGUUUGGUUGGUGUUUUGGGCGAACACAAAUAUCAAAUGCCAUGUCUAUUGUGGAGCUUUUGGUACAUAUGGACUGUGACGGAUGUGAAAAAAGAGUACGAAAGGCAAUCUCUAAAUUAGAUGGCAAGAAGAGGGUUGAUAGCUUGGACAUAGACAUGGACAAACAAAAGGUAACAGUGACUGGAUAUGUGGAUCAGAGGAGGGUACUGAAAGUGGUGAGAAGAACAGGAAGGAAAGCUGAGUUUUGGCCAUACCCUUAUGACAACGACUACUAUCCUUACGCUGCUCAGUACUUAGACGAGUCUACCUUCUCUUCUACUUAUAACUACUUCACCCACGGUUACAAUGAGAAUGUCCAUGGAUACUUACCCGACCCGCUUUAUUCCACCGUCAAUACUGAAAUUUAUGAGCUUUUUAGUGAGGAUAAUGUCCAUCAUGCUUGCACUAUCAUGUGAUCUUUCGGGUUCACAACCCUAUAAUAAGACAUAUAUAUGUUCAAUGGUGUAAAUUACAUUUGGGGACUUUGUAAUA